AUGCGUUUCGCCAGGGGCAACUCCAGCAGCGGGGACAACGCCACCCGGGGGGCAGGCGGGGGUCCGCCGAGGGACGCGCGCGACGAGGAGCUGGCCAAGGUGGAGAUCGCCGUGCUGGCCGUGACCUUCGUGGUGGCGGUGCUGGGCAACAGCAGCGUGCUGCUGGCGCUGCACCGCACGCCCCGCCGCAAGACGUCCCGCAUGCACCUCUUCAUCCGCCACCUCAGCCUGGCCGACCUGGCCGUGGCCUUCUUCCAGGUGCUGCCGCAGCUGUGCUGGGACAUCACCUACCGGUUCCGGGGCCCCGACGGGCUGUGCCGCGUGGUGAAGCACCUGCAGGUGUUCGCCAUGUUCGUGUCGGCGUACAUGCUGGUGGUGAUGACGGCGGACCGCUACAUCGCCGUGUGCCACCCGCUCAAGACGCUGCAGCAGCCCACGCGCCGCUCGCGCCUCAUGAUCGCCGCCGCCUGGGCGCUGAGCUUCGUGCUGAGCACGCCGCAGUACUUCAUCUUCUCCAUGUUGCAGGUGGACAACGCCACGGGGGCCCGCGACUGCUGGGCCACCUUCAUCCAGCCCUGGGGGCCCCGAGCCUACGUGACCUGGAUGACCAGCGGUAUCUUCGUGGCGCCCGUGGUCAUCCUGGGCACCUGCUACGGCUUCAUCUGCUACCACAUCUGGCGCAACGUCCGCGGCAAGACGGCGCCCCGAGGGGGCAAGGGGGGCGCCGCCGCCCAGGGCUCCUCCGGUGGCAACGGCGGCGCCUUCCACAACGGGCUGCUGCUGGAGCCCUGCGUCAGCAGCGUGAAGAUCAUCUCCCGCGCCAAGAUCCGCACCGUGAAGAUGACCUUCGUGAUCGUGACGGCGUACGUCGUUUGCUGGACGCCCUUCUUCGUCGUCCAGAUGUGGUCCGUCUGGGACGAGAACCUCCACUGGGUUGAGUCAGAAAACCCGGCCAUCACCAUCACGGCAUUGCUGGCUUCCUUGAAUAGUUGCUGCAACCCCUGGAUAUACAUGUUUUUUAGUGGCCAUCUCCUGCAAGACUGUGUCCAAAGCUUCCUGUGUUGCUACAACAUGAAGCGAGCAUUCAACAAAGAAGAUUCUGACAGUAUGAGCAGAAGACAGACUUCUUACACUGUCAACCAGAGCCCGACAAACAGCAUGGGUACGUGGAAGGACUCACCUAAAUCUUCCAAGUUCAUCAAAUUCACUCCUGCUUCAACCUGA